AUGAGCAAAGAUCAACUCCAAAGACUAACACCGCCUGUUCCGCAGAUGAUCCGCGAUUGCUUCACCAUUUCAACGUGGCUCGCCAUCGGAGCCGUUAUCCAGGGCCUCCUGGUUGUCUUCGUUCGACCAACGUACGCGGUCGCUCCGGCGGCACUCCUUUUGCUGUAUAAGCUAUCGCGGACUAUGCUCCAGAGUUUUGGUCUUCUCCGUAACCCCUAUAUGGACGAUGUCCUCAUGGGCAAAUUCUCGGCGCAGCAUGGAGAUGCGACUGGCAACGCGCCUACCGAGGGGUCACAAAACCAGAUUGCCAUCAUUCAGCUGGCCUCGAGGUCAAAUCACCCCAUGGGCAUCUUCGGACCUGGAUAUAAACAGAUCGGAGAUUUCUUCAAGCAAAUGAUCACAAAGCUUACCGAGGAUGAGGAUAGCGGAUUUCUUGGAUCGUCGUCUUACCUGUGUAAUGGCGAACGACUCACGGCCAACGGCAUUGCCACAUGUUGCUACUUCCGAAGCGUCGAGGAUAUCCAUCGCUUUGCUCAUUCACCUCUGCACCGCGAAGCCUGGGACUGGUGGAAUAGCAUUACCGCAACUCACCCUCAUCUAAGUAUCAUGCACGAGCUUUACAGCGCGCCGGCAAAGGGCUGGGAGAACAUUUACGUCAACUACAAUCGUAGUGGUAUUGCGAAAAUCCAAAAGCCCGUGACCAUCGAUGGAAAAGAAUACCAGCCCAUCGUCAACGCUUCCCGUGGACCCCUGGCUACGCAAAAGGGACGGUUAAGGCAGCCUAAGCUAUCAGCUGGGAAAGGGGAUCUCGAAAAGCAAGAGCCCGUAUAUCUUGAAUAUUGA